AUGCAUAGUGUGGUGGAAGACAAGGAUUUGUUAACGGAAAUCCUUCUCCGGUUGGCGGUUAAAGACUUGCUCCGAUACAAAUGCGUGUGCAAAAAAUGGUUGUCUCUGAUAUCCGAGCCCCAGUUUUGUAAUCGGCACACCCUUGGACUAUGCCGCAAUCACAAACUUUAUGCAUCUGGAAUGUUGCUCCAAGAAACAGAGGAUUGCCUCAUCUUUAAGAAGGCUCGCAUAACCCCAUUCAGCAAUAACAGCAACAACAGGUUCACCUACCUCCAUCUUCAUAAUGAGUUCGAUGGACUACUUUACUAUCGUAUUCUUCAAUCAUGCAAUGGUCUACUACUCUGGGAUAGUGCUCCAAUACAAUGGCCUUCACCACCCUACGAUGUGGAAACUAAGAAAUUUCUCCAAGGAUGCAGUUAUUUUUAUAUAAGCAAUCCAUCAACCGGUCAUUGUGUUCGUAUAGACCAAUUUAGCUAUGAAUUUCAUCCAAAUUUUUCUAAUCCAGUUCUUGUCUUUGAACCUUGGAAAUCUCCUCACUAUAAAAUUAUCUUUUUCGCUAAAGUCGUAGAACUCGCGACCAAUAAAAUGAAGAUGAAUGUUUAUUCAUCAAACACGGGUUCUUGGAGCAAAGUUGAUGUUCUUACUUUUCCAAAUGAUAUUUGGUACUUCUAUAAGAAUGGUGUUUAUUGCAAUGGUGCUAUACAUUGGUACGAUGUUGUUAAUGAUCGAAGUAAAGUGUAUUUCGAUAUUGAUGGGCUUUGCUUUAAAAAUUAUUUUCCAGCAUUACCAAUACCACCAGUACCACCUUAUUAUAAGCAGCUUGCGGAGUUGUAUUUAGGAAAUAGUGGAGAGAAUCUAUACAUGAUUGUGUAA